AAUUUAUAAACGCGUUUCUCUCAUAAAUAUUUAUUUUUUCUUUGGUGAAGUCAAGAAAUAUUAUAAUUCACAAACUAAACCGUGGAUUCAUCACCUUUUCUAAACUAAGACUGUACUAGAAAGGCACGCCAUAUCCAUAAAAAAUUCAGCAUUUCACAAGUGUUUGUAACCAUGGCGGACCUUUCAUAUCUGGACACGAUUUCCAACAAGGAAUUGCAUAAAAAAUGCCUCGAAUACGGUUUGCCCAACAUACCUGUCGCCGACAGCAGCCGCCAAGUUAUUUUAAAAAGGUUAAAGUCUGCGAUACUAGGAGUGCCUGUUAACAAAAAAGCUACGGCAGCAAAGAAAACGCCGCGCCGCGAAACCAUACACGGCAGUAAAGUGACACCUUCUCCAGCAGCCGCUGCUAUAGAGACCAGCAAUGUAAAACGAACUGCCAACCGCAAUAGUAACAACAGCAUAAGCAGUCGUCGAACCAUAGGCACUGUUCCAUCUUUUGACAAUUCCGAGACCUCUUCAGUGCGCACCGUUCACACUACAACAACGGUGUCAGAUGUAGACUCGCAGUCAGAGGAAGAUGACAAUUACAAUUCGAUAUAUAGACAAAAUGAACAAUACUCGCAGAUUAAACAAACAGCACCACGUCGCUCGGUCUCGCUUUCGAAAUCUGGUGUGUUGACCACUUCAUAUACGCGGGAGGUCGAUCCAUUAGAGCAAGAACCGCGUGACUCUGACAUUGACGCGCCUCAGAGCCAUACCUAUGAACGACCACGUGCCGCAGCAGCGCAUAUGUUGCCCAGCUACGAGCCCGCCAUAGAACGAUCAACGUAUCGACCACGCUAUGCAGGACUCCCCAAAAUACAACCCCUGGCACAAACUCAACUUAAUUCUACAAGUUACUUUGACGAUGGCGGCUAUGAAUUGCCGGAACAUAAUGUGCCGCGCAAUACAUUCAGUGGUUCGUCCGCGCCUUUUGGCCAUGGCAGCACUUUGGGAUCGUCAAUAAGGCAGCGACAAACUGGCGGAAGCUCAAAUCUGGGAGGCAGCAUUGCCAGAGGCGCAUUGUUGCUACCAACAACUAAAAUCAGAGGUCUGUACUCGCAACCAGAAACAACCAAGCCGAACACUUUAUAUCCAGAACUCAAUGAAUUCUACGAUAAUCGCAACCCCGAUACUGUGGAGCCCAUGGACACGGAUAGCGACUCGGAUGGGUAUGAUACGACAGCACAACGAACACCUUUUGAAAAACCAUAUUCAAAGAACUAUUCGCAGAAACUGAGUAAUGCAAGACGUUCUCCUUUGGCCAGACCCCAACUACGUCCCACUAUAAUACCUGGGGAACAGGAAUCUCUAGUUGAUCAGUUUCGCAGAGUUUUCAAUUCCCUCGAUCGUCAAUAUCAUCUUAAACUUUACUUAUUCAUAGCUCUGACAGUGAUAUUAUUGACGUUCAUAUAUGUCUUAUUUUCACCAUCAACUUAAUGCCUAGAAAAUGUCUAAAUUAAAAAUUCUUGACAUGUUUCGAUCAGUUUCGGUUCUACGAUAUAAUUGCAGUUAUUGUUGCUAAAAUAAAUGAAUAAAACUUUUGCAUUUGAAAUCGUAACUAAGUCGCUUCAUAAAUCACAACUGACGUGGCUUUUGAAAAA